UUUAUGUCAAAUAAAGGUCAAAACAUUUUUGCAAUUAACUUAUCAACUUUUAGAGAUAAAAUAUUUAAUAUUAGUUUAGUUUGAGACUAAAAACGUAUUAGAUCCAUUAAUAAAAAUGGUUAAAUAUACAAUUGUUAUGGUAAGACAUGGAGAGAGUGAAUGGAAUCAGAAGAAUUUGUUUUGUGGAUGGUUUGAUGCUGAUUUGAGUCAGAAAGGUAUCGAAGAAGCCAAAUCAGCAGCCCAAGCAAUUAAAGACAACGGGCUCAAGUUUGAUAUUGCACAUACAUCAUUGUUGAAGAGGGCUCAGAAAACACUCGAAACAAUUUUGCAAGAGUCUGGACAACCCGAUGUUCCAGUCGAGAAGAGCUGGAGGUUGAAUGAAAGACAUUAUGGAAGUCUUACCGGACUCAAUAAAGCUGAAACAGCAGCUAAAUAUGGAGAAAGCCAGGUGCAAAUUUGGCGUAGAAGUUUUGAUGUGCCCCCACCAGAGAUGACAAAAGAUCAUCCUUAUUAUAUUGAUAUUGUAGAAGAUCCCAGAUACAAAGAUCAUUUGACUGUCGAUACAUUCCCAAUGUAUGAAUCUUUAAAACUCACAAUUGAAAGAACUUUGCCUUACUGGAAUAAAGUUAUCAUUCCUCAAUUGGUUUUAGGUAAAAAAAUUAUUAUUGCUGCACAUGGAAACAGCUUGAGAGGAAUUGUUAAACAUCUUGAUAAGAUGAGUGAUGAACAAAUAAUGGGUCUAAAUCUCCCGACUGGAAUUCCCUUUGUCUAUGAAUUAGACGAAAAGUUCCAGCCAAUUGUUUCAAUGAAAUUUUUGGGAGACGAAGAAACUGUUAAGAAAGCCAUGGAGGCUGUCGCCAGUCAGGGAAAAGCUAAAUGAUUAUUUUUAAAAUUGUUGUAAUACAUUAAU